AACAAGUACUACAUUCUUGAUCAAGCCAACUGGUCGUUUGCCCAUAUUUAUGUAUAGAUUGCAAAAAAAUGUUCAACUCUAAAUUACUACAAUUGUACUUGCGUUUAAAUAUUUAAAUAAGUUUUACAUACUUAACAGUGAAAUGAUUUUAAGGUUUAGAAAUUAUUAAACAGUUAAUCAACUGUUGAACAAUACAGGUAUAUGUAGGGCGAACGUAUUUCGGAGUCUAUAAUAAUAAACUUUAAAAAUAUAAUGGACCCAAGUCAACUAAAAAAAUACGACUGCCCACAUUGCGCGAAAACAUUUAAGACAAAACCACAUUUAAAUAGACACCUCGUCACUCAUGAACCUGAUGGACAAGUUAAAUGCCAGAUUUGUGGAAAAAUUCUAAAAAAUAGAAACUCCAUCCCACUCCAUCUCUCCUACACCCAUGGCAAUCAGAAGAAAGUACGUUGUGAUAUUUGCGGACGAGAGUUUACCUUCAUCGGAAAUUUGCGGAAACACGUUAAGCUUAUUCACAGCACUAUCCCACGCGACCGUACAUCCUGCCCGUUUGUAGGGUGCGACAAAUCAUUUCUAAAUAAGCGCCAUGUCACACGACAUUUGAAAAUUGUGCAUGACGACAGUCCAAUCCGAUACCCUUGCCCAAAUUGUGAUAGGAAAUUCAAAUGUAAGGAAUACCUAGGGAAACACAUGCAGUCUCACUCCAGGGUUUGGCUACCAUGCAGGUUUGUAGGGUGUGAAAAAACAUAUCUAAGCCAGACCGGUCUUCACAUCCAUAUCAAAAUGAAACAUGCCGAAAAUCCUGUACGAUUUCCUUGUCCUCUUUGUGGAAAGGAAUUUAGCCUUGAAAAAACCUUACAUGACCAUAUCAACACACAUACGACAGAGAAAACCCAUAAGUGUCCGACAUGUGGGAAGAGCUUCCUUCACAAGAAUAACAUGAUACGACACCAGGCUACCCACUUGGAAACUGUUGCUCGAAAAAAGUUUCCUUGUCAAUUAUGUCCUCGCACAUUUCUCUCCAGACCUGGCGUUCGGACUCACAAAAAAAAUUAUCAUACCAUCAAGAAAAGACAUUCGUGUCAGUUAUGCCGUUAUAAAACCAAUUGGUCGGGCAACUUGACGGACCACGUGAAACGUAUGCAUGAAAUUGAUUCGAGAUCCGUGGAAUGCUAUUUUUGUGGGCAUAAGUUUUUUCAUUUUAGUGAAUUGGUCAAGCACAGUAAAAGGCAUACUUUAGAGCUCGGUAAUCCUCUUUUACCACAAAAUAUUACAUAGUGCAGACAAAAAAGGUGGCAAGAAAUCCUAACUGAAAGAAAUGACUAAGUACAUAUCUCUACCAAGUUGGUAUUAAUUUUAUGUCAAAAUGGUACGAAUACUUCGCGCCGAAUUCAUAUUUACUACUACAUAUGUUUGUAGUACAUACAGAAAUUAUUUCCUUAUCAACUUGUUUUCUUUUCUGUAUACUUAGAAUUAUGUGUUAUUUGUA